AUGGUGAACAGCAUUCGCAGAUGCUAUCGUGGUCGCUUGGACCGCGUGAGGGAAUUGUUUGACUUGGCAGUCGAGUAUGGUGCAGGUGAGAUCCAAGGUCCACAAGCAGCAGAACUACCUGUCCUUCAGCAUGGUGGCCCCCGAUCCAAUCCGCUCAGGUUGAGGCUGACAUUAGGAACAAUGACACAAAAAUGCCGGGACGAGCUCAAAAUCCUUGUGGGAUCACAAGGUCUUGAAAUUGCAAGGAUGCCACCGGGGCCUCAGUUGAUCGAUUUUGGAGGUGUGUGGCAAGGGAUGCAGCACGCCUGCGCCCCACUACACUUGGCAAUUUCGAUGGGUAUGUCUGCCUUAUCGAGCUGUAGCAAAAAUCUCUUGACAGAGGAAUGCUGGCGCAUUGCCACAGCGGAGAAGCUACCACUCGACAUCACACCUCUUCCUCACGGAGCUCCACAGACAUUGCGAAAACUGCAUGCCCUGUUGUCUGAGGCAGGUGCAACGCUACAGAUACACUACGUUUCGGAUUUUGGCCAGUCCCUGCGACACACCACCACUCUGGGCUAUGCCAAAUCUGGUUGCGUACAGCUACCGCCUCUCGUAGUGUCUUUGGUGAGGCGACAUUGCUGUUUGGGUAUCGCUUCCGCUUGGACAUGCCAGCCGCAGGUGGUGGGAAGUCCUAAAAAGAAACCGGCCGUAGCAUGCAGACGACCAGCCGCCGCGCGACAACGGCCGAGAGCAGACUUCACCCUGGUCAACAGCAGUUCGCAUGAGGGACCCGCUCUCACACGUGAAGCAUUUGUAAAAAUGCUCCGAGAAUGGGCUCGGUCCACCAGAGCAAAGCCAACUUCCAUCAAUGUGGUCCAAAACGAUUGGCAACGCGGCAACUUUUACUAUCGCUUCCAAUGUUCGAGCUGUACCAACUGUGGUUGGCACGGUGUUGCUGAGUAUGAUCCGGCCUUAAAACAGCAUAGCUUCAAGGCUACUGCUUUAGCAACACAUGCGGAAACCGCACGGCAGUGGGGGCAUGGUUCCUUGACACAAGUCAUGAAAGACAUCAUCCGAGAGCAUGUCAACCAGGCUCAUGGAAAUAUACGCCUACAGCAAGUGAUGCAGGUUCUGAACACUUCAGAUGCUUUGGAUGGUCCUGUACCCCGCGAGCAGCACGUGAAGACUUUUUUGAAAAAUUUACGGGCCCGCGACGACACCGUGCGGGCAAAUCGGCAAGUUGGAGUCGGAAGGCCCCCGUCAGGAGUUUGGACUACAGCCGACUUUGAGCUGCUUCAGAGAACAUGCCAGAAGUUGCAGGAUGCAAACCUCGAUGAAGACAAGCUGACUCUGGUGAAUUGUCAUUUGGGAGAUGAGCAUGUAUGCAUUUCAUUAUGCCUACCACGGCUCACCAAACGCCACUGGGAACUGUUGGAAAACAAAACGUUCGUGAAAGUAUGCACAGAUGGAAUCUAUAGACUGUGCAAUCAAAGCUGCGCUCUCUGUUUCUAUGGCAUACUCGGGAAGCAGAUCGGAACACAACGCGAUGUGAAUGAUCCAGACGCAACGCUGUACACCUUUCCAACCUCCUUCCGAGAACUUAUGGUUUCCAUUGUGUCGACGGAACAUUCCAUCACAUAUGGUCGGCUAUUUGAAGACGUUGACGGCAUGAUGCGCACUCUCUGCGGAGUGGAUAGCUUCAAGACCAUAGUGAGGCAAUGUCAUGGAGAUUUCCACGCUGGCCUGCAGGUUGCUCGCGAAUCGCAUUACAGGAGCGGGAUGUUCACUGUGAUGCGAAAAACACUGACCGAUGAGUCCUGGUUGCCGACCAUGGAGGGUGUGGCGCACGGCUCGCGGCACAUGCCAUGGCCGGUGUUCCAUGCAAUCUGGGACCAGUUUCUCACCGCCUUGGAAUUGGCCGGCGAAGUGGACGCUGUCCAAAAACUCCGGACGUACUAUGUGCACGUGACUGCGUCUGGGCGGUAUCGUGCUCACUGGGCUGCAGGGUCCUUGCAGCCUGGAAGCUAUUGUGGCUCACAACCUCAGGAGUCUUUCCAUCGCCACCGGGUGAAAGCUGCAAUGCCUUCUCUGUACAAACCAAUUUCCUCGGUCCUACAAUCCUUGGAGGUUUUUUUGAAGACCCGCAGCACCGAAGCAAUGCAGGCAAAAACGUCAACCAUGACAGAUGUCCUGUGCGGUGCAUGGUCACCGACAUUUCGGCGGGAAGCUGAGGCAUACAUAUCUGGUCAACACUACGUGGCAGAAGAAGAUGGUGAUGGCAACCUGUUUAUCGCCAUGCGGCGGGAUGCGGCAGCUCUACCACAUGCUCAGACUGCUUUGACUCCGGCUGUGCUCUUCGAACUGAAGCGCUUGCUGCUCAUCGAGGAUGAGGACCAGAUCAAUUCAGAAGCUUUGUGCAAUUUGGGAGGCAGUUUGGAGCCUACGGCAGAAGGCAUGACCAAAACCUUGACCUGUUUGCAAAGGUGGGUGCUUACAGUGAUUGGCCCGCGCGCCGAGAAAUCUUGGAUUCUGCGACACGAACCUGGGGAGGGUGGACAUCAUCGCAGCUCUCUUUGCUUUGCAUGCCCCACUUUCAGUACAUAUGGUACGUGCAGUCAUUGUUAUGUGGGCUACCGGCUGACCGGCCACUUGAAUGAGGAUGAGCCUUUGAAGCGCCAAGAUCCGAAGCGGAAAACAAAGAAAAAGACGGCUCUGCUGACCCCCAGGAGAGAUGCCGCAGGGUUACCGUCAAAGGAACGAAAAGCACAGGCAACCCAAAGAGCCACUACCAUCUCGCCUGACUUGAGAAAGUUGUUGAACAUACACAACAUGCAGCAAUAUGCGGCAUUGUUUUGCCGGUACGAGCUGACAGAGGAAGAGCUGAAGAACUGGAGCCUAGCGGCCUUAAUGGAACUCUUGGGAUCACCUGCUGCUUCCACCCGACGUUUCCUGGAAGCAGUCAGAGGCUACGACUCCACGGUGGCCGAGGUGCCGGCGCAAAGCUGA